AUGGCUUUCGAUCCGAACUCCGUAGAUCUUGACUUUAAGUGCUUGCUGAGCUCACUUUGAUUUUCAUUUUUUGUGACUUGACUUCUGAAUACCUAUUUCUGAAACAAAGAUCACAGCACAUUUUUGCAAAAAUUAAUGACAUUCAUGAUUUUAUUUAAAUUUAUGCACUGUCUUUUCCAAGUAAUCAUUGCACUUGUAGAGCCUCAUAAUACUUACUACUUUUGGUUCUGCCAUACAUCGACAUAUGUGCUCUUCAACGCAAUCUUAUACCCGGUUUUCCUUUUGAUCAGUCAAGGAUUUGGGCUUUAUAAAACCUCGCUCAGUAAAAAAGAGCUGUCAGUAACAGUCCUGAUAAUGGUUAUAAUUUACGCUUGGUUCAGUGUGUAUUCAAUAGAUGAAAUUGUAAUGUUUCCUUUGUUUUUUAUUUUUCUAGCGACUUGCGGAUAUUUCGUAUUGAAAUUUGCAUUUUAUACGACAAAAUGCCUGAAAUUAAGAUAUGAACUCUUGCAGAUUUCUGAUAUGAGGGAUUUGGCAUCUAUUGUAAUUCAGAAAUUAAAAAAUAUGCUUUAUUUAUCAAAUACGGAGAUUUUAAUAGAAAUUUGAAUUUAAUUUUAAGAUUUGACUUAAAAAUAUUAUGAGGAUGCUUAACAAAUAAAUUAUACUUAGAAAUUAUAUAGGAUUUGUAACUUUUCAUUUCGCAUCUCAUUUUAUACCCUCAUUUUUGAUCUUUUCAAGCUACAAAGGUGCGGUUAAUGUAUUGCCGUAUGAAACAAGUACAAAAUUAUUCAGCGAGAUUUGCGAAUUUUUAUCAAUUCUUUGCAUUUGUUUUUUAUUUAGAUCAAAAAAUAGAGGAGAUCUUUAUUAUCAAGAAACCCAUACUCGCCUAAACUACCGCUCAGUUCUCCCAAUUUAUGAAGCUAGACUUUCACAACAUCGCUAUAAAAAUGUCAAAGAAAGCUUAGUAAGUCGUCCUUUAAUGAUAUUAAACCCAGCAAUAGAAAGCGAAAUCUCACUCUUUAUUGGAAUCCCAAUCCUGCCAGAAAAUUUAUAUGAGGUUAGCCCAGAUGAAGUAUUAAUCCAGCCUUUAUUGAGCGAUGUGCAUUAA